AUGGCGUCGAGCUCUGGUACCUCGCCGACGAGGCAAAACACCAGCGAUAACCCUGCAGCGGUCACACCAGGAGGGGUUGCCGGAGAGGAAUGCAGUGCCCCUCGUGCAGAGCAACCGGGCCUCGGUCGUUCCAUGAGCUUCGACAGCGUCGACCGAGUAUAUCCAAUCCGGUCCGUCAUUUCGGUAGAUCCUGCGUCCGCCGCCCCAGCACAACCGCAAGCGCCAAGCAACCUGAAUUCACCGGCUACGGGCGCCAGGGAGUGGUCCAUCAUCACAGCAGAGACGUGGGAUCAAUUGCAGUCACAGCCGACGACGAGUACAGGGGAUCCGGCCCUCGGCCAACCGCCCCCUCCACAACCGCCUCCUGACGCGGCGAGUCCCACGUCCCGUGUCCCCGAACAGACCUGUCCUCAGAGUCCCAGCAAUGCGUCAGCAGCCGAAUCGGUGCUCUCCAAGAAGCAAGAACCCGAUGUCGAUCCCGACCAUGGCCUCGUCACGGCACGGUUCCGCCACGUGGCCACGGACGGGGGCCAUGCGGUUAUCACCGGGCGUGACAACGAUGGCGUCUUCCAAUCCUGCGAAGACGAACCCAUUCACAUCCCGGGCGCGGUGCAGAGCUUCGGUGUUCUAAUCGUGUUGCGGGAGGAGCCGGACGGGAAACUCACCGUCCGUGUGGCUAGCGAGAACUCCGAGACGUUUCUGGGUUACUCGCCUCGGAGUCUCUUUGCGCUGCCGACGUUCUCCGACAUCCUCGAUGAAGAUCAAGCGGACAUCCUGUUGGAUCACAUCGACUUUGUGUGCGAGGAGGGGUACGACCCCAGCCUGGAUGGCCCCGAGGUGUUUCUGCUCGCCAUCAACCUCCCUGCAGGAAAAUCCCGGCGGUUCUGGUGUGCUACCCACGUCAACCCGUCCACCAACUCGAAGUUGAUCAUCUGUGAAUUGGAAUUAGAAGACGAUCGCAUUAACCCGCUCUGCGUAUCCGGAGAAACCACCCCGAUGAUGCCGACCGAUACCCUGGGAGUCGAACCCACACCGGCACAACUCGAGCACAGUACCAUCAACAUCAGCCAGCCGUUGCGGGUGCUGCGGAACGCACGCCGCAGACGGGGCGAAGCCGCCGCUAUGGAGGUGUUUAGUAUUCUCUCGCAGAUCCAAGAUCAGCUGGGCCGUGCAAAGACGUUGGAUUCACUGUUGAACACGACCACCGGUUUGGUCAAAGAGCUGACCGGGUUCCAUCGGGUCAUGAUCUACCAAUUCGAUGUCAAUUGGAAUGGAACCGUCGUGGCGGAGCUGGUGGACCCCAAAGCAAGCGUCGACUUGUACAAAGGCCUCCAUUUCCCGGCUUCCGACAUCCCCAAGCAAGCGCGGGAUCUGUAUCGCAUCAACAAGGUCCGCUUAUUGUACGAUCGCGACCAGCUCACCUCCCGAUUGGUGUGUCGGACUUUGGACGAUCUGGAAACGCCCGUCGACAUGACCCAUGCGUAUCUCCGGGCGAUGUCGCCCAUCCACGUCAAAUAUCUGGGCAAUAUGGGGGUUCGGGCCUCCAUGUCGAUCAGUAUCACUGGUUUCAAUGAGCUUUGGGGUCUGAUCUCCUGUCAUUCCUACGGCGCUCACGGCAUGAGGGUCUCCUUCCCGGUGCGCAAGAUUUGUCGCUUGAUCGGUGACACCGUGUCACGGAACAUCGAGCGUCUCUCUUAUGCCUCGCGUCUCCAGGCCCGCAAACUGAUCAACACGGUGCCCACCGACGCCAACCCCUCUGGGUAUAUCAUCGCUACGUCGGAUGAUCUCCUGAAGCUUUUCGAUGCCGACUAUGGGGCUCUCUCAAUCCGCGACGAGACCAAAAUCCUAGGCAAGAUGACGCACUCGCAGGAGAUCCUGGCCUUGUUGGAAUACCUCAAGAUGCGGCAGAUCAAUUCCGUGGUGGCUUCCCACCACGUCACCAAGGACUUUCCAGAUCUCUUCUACCCCCCGGGCUUCAAGCAUAUUUCCGGAAUGCUGUAUGUGCCCUUGUCCCCGGGGGGCACGGACUUCAUGGUCUUCUUCCGCCGGGGGCAUCUCACCGAGAUUAAAUGGGCCGGCAACCCCUACGAGAAGAAAUUCACCCAGGGCCACUUGGAACCACGAAAGAGUUUCCAGACCUGGCGAGAAACGGUCCUCGAUCAGUCCCGAGAAUGGACCGAGUCGGAUGUCGAGACCGCAGCUGUCUUGUGCCUGGUCUAUGGGAAAUUCAUCAAGGUCUGGCGACAGAAGGAAGCGGCGAUGGAGAACUCACAACUGACGCGCCUGCUCCUCGCCAACUCCGCGCACGAGGUUCGCACGCCACUGAACGCGGUCAUCAACUAUCUGGAAAUCGCUCUGGAAGGCUCCUUGGACAGCGAGACCCGCGAUAACCUCACCAAAUCGUAUUCCGCAUCCAAGUCGCUGAUCUAUGUCAUUAACGACCUUCUGGACCUGACCAACGCCGAGAAGGGCCAGAACCUCAUCAAAGAUGAGAUGUUUGAUCUCCCAAUGACCUUCCAGGAAGCCGCUGAUAUGUUUGCGGGAGAAGCCAAACGGAAAAAGAUCGACUACCAAGUGGUGGUACAUCCUGGACUCCCCACCAAAGCCAUUGGCGACCAACGGCGUGUCCGUCAGGUGUUCACAAACCUCAUCUCCAAUGCGGUACACCAUACAAAGACAGGCAGUGUGAUAACAGAGAUCUGGCGCUCUCCCGAGCAAUCGCAGCCGGGAAGCGUGUUAGUACAAAUGAUUGUUACGGACACCGGCUCCGGGAUGUCUCAGAGCACCCUUGAGUCAUUGUUCCAGGAACUCGAACAGGUUUCGAUGGAAGAUGACAGUCAAUACUUUGACCCAGAGGAUGAGACCUCGCUGCCCGCACCGGAUGGCCAGGAAAAGCGUGUGUUGGGCUUGGGUCUAGCGCUGGUCGCUCGGAUCGUGCGCAACCUGCAUGGCCAGCUGAGCGUUCGGUCGGAAGAGGGUCAGGGGAGCCGAUUCAAAAUCUCGUUGAACUUUCCUAUUCCAGCAGAUGGAGAAGCAGCACCUGCCAAACUCGAAUCUCCACUAGUUCCCGACGCGGCUGUACCGGCCGUCGGGAGCCGGACGGAGGAUGAAUUUCUGCUCGUUGAUGGCAAGUCUCCACGUAGUGAUCGACGACGACAUAGCCUCGGUAGCAACCGCAGCGGGGGAAGUUUUAACAGCUCUCGCAGCAAUAGGAGUAACCGGAGCGAGGCUGAUCGCUUAAUUAGCGCCAUACAAGAACCUCCUCUGGUGCAUCGGACGGCUAGCGAAGGAACAGACCGCAAAGUUUCCAAACCUGUUGAACAUCCCCCAACUAGCACGACAGAAAACAGACCUGCUACAUCCACCCAAUCGCUCCCGACCUUGAAGGCCACAACUAGUCCUCAGCCGUCGCCGCCGGUUCAGGGUCUCCCGCUCACGGGCACGGCACGGACCACUAUGCCGGUUACCUCGCCUCCUUUGCCAGGCCAGGAGCCCGUCACUGACUCUGGAGUGCCAAUCACCGCGUUGCGCAUUUCGCCCCAAGAUGUCGAGAGGCCUUCAUCGCCGUCUAGGGGAGUUCUUCCAGGCGAGCAAGUUUCCAUGCCAGCGUUACUUAGCCCUCGUGAACCAUCUUCCGCAACGGCUGCGGAGACUGGACUGACUACUCUUCGUGUCCUGGUAGCAGAGGACGAUCCCAUCAACAGCAAGAUUAUUCAGAAACGGUUGGAGAAAGUGGGGCACAGUGUCUUUCUAACAGGGAACGGCGAAGAAUGUGCAACCGCUUACCGGCAAGGUCAUUCAAACUUUGACGUCGUCCUGAUGGACAUACAGAUGCCCAUCAUCGAUGGCAUCGAAUCCACCAGGUUGAUCCGGCAGUUCGAGGGAGAGUUUCCCGAAGGCUCACUAUCCGAUAAAGCGAGCAAGAACGGCCGCGUGCCGAUUUUCGCGGUCUCGGCAUCGCUUCUCGAGAAGGACGCGGACCUGUACAUCAGAGCCGGCUUCGACGGAUGGAUCAUGAAGCCCAUCAACUUCAACCGAUUGGGUGUCCUCCUGGACGGCCUCGAAAAGCAGGACGUCCGCAACGCCGCCGCCUACCGACCAGGCCGCUGGGAGAUUGGCGGCUGGUUCGAACCUAAACCUCUUCUAUAA